AUGCGCUGCUUCGCUUGCAGGGACGGCAAAGUCUUCCAGGUCCUCCUGGGCGCCCACUCGCUCACGGAGCCGGAGCCCCACAAGCGGCUGUACCGGGUGCGCGCCCAGAUCCCCCACCCAGGCAGCAACAUCCACAACAACAAAGAUGACCUCCUCCUCCUCCAGGGAGACUCGGGCGGCCCCCUGGUCUGCAGCGGGGUGGCCGAGGGGGUGGUCACGGCCGGAUCCCGCGUCUGCGGCAACUACAAGAAACCCGCCAUCUACACCCGCAUCGCCCCCUACGCGGCC